GGACGGGGCGGAGCGUGUGCGGGGCGUCGGGCGGCGGCGGAGGCUCAUGGCGGAUCCGUGGCGCGGAGCGGAGCCGCUGUGGCGGACGCCGCCGGGCCGCCUGGCCCCACCGCAUAUCUAUCGCAUGGCGGGGGCGCUAGGCGCCGAGCUCCGCCGCGUCUCCGCCCGCUUCGGGCCUGAGGCCGUGGCCGGGCUGGUGCCGCCCGUGGUGCGGUUGCUGGAGCUGCUGGAGGCGCUGGUGGCUCCGGUGGCAAGCGCCGAAGGGGAGGCAGCGACACCGGCAGCGCCGGCCGGGCGUCAGGAGGCAGAGGACCCAGAGCAGAGGCUGUGGGAGGCUGAGCGCCGGGAGCGAUCCCUGCAGGGCCGCCUGGCCCACCUGGAGGAGCAGAACCAGCAGCUCCUGGGGCAGCUUGCGGAGAGCCAGUCCCAGGAAGAUAGCACAGUGCGGAAGGAGCGGGAGGUGAUGCUGCGGCUGAAGGAGGUGGUGGACAAGCAGAGGGAUGAGCUUCGUGCCCAGGCCCAUGAGAUCGUUUGCAAGAGCAGAGACACAGAGGCACUGCAGGAGCAACUGCAUCGCUUCAUGGCCAUGAACGAGGACUUGCGUCACAAGGUGGCCGUGGUGCAGGCUCAGCUCAAGAGUGCGCUGGAGAAGAAGUCAGACCUGGAGGCUGCAAUGCAGCAAACCCAGAGGGAAAUGAGCAAGAGGAGCAGAACCACCUCUGAGGACCAUCGGCCAAAGCCCAGCCUGGAAGGGACACCAUCACCUGCAGAGCAGCUGCAGCACCAAGAUGGGGAUGCAGGCAAGAGCCCUGCUCACUGCUGCUUCUCCAAGGAAGACCUGCAGCAGAUCCUGCAAGAGCGGAACGAGCUCAAGACCAAUCUGUUCCUGGUGCAGGAGGAGCUGGCCUAUUACCAGCGGGAGCUGCUGAAUGAAGAGAGAGUUUCCAGCUUCUUCUUGGAUGCAGUGAAGUCAACUAUCAAAAGACAGAGAAAAAAAAUCAGAGCCAAAAUGCUGGGCACGACGGAGGAGCCUGCAAGCAGUGAUGAAGAAGAGGGCUCCUGGCUCCCAGCUCAUGACACAGAUUCUGUGGAUGCUCAGCCUCCUGAAUCCAAAAUUAGGAGCUUUUUUGGGCUGUGGUAUCAGGGCAGCAGCAAAGACCCCCCCACAUCCAGCUGCUCCGGAGCCUGGGAAAUCAUUGACUCCCUGGACACAGAGCUGGAGCCUGAAAGAGAGAGCGAGCCAGCAGCCAGCUCCCCGGACAGAGCCACGCUGCCCCUCUGACCCCACCUGCAUGGGAGCUGGAGAGGACCUCACAGCAGCACUUCCCAGCUCCUUUUAUUCCAGCGUCCUCAGGAGCAGCUUGGCAGCCUUGGCUCCAUACCAUGGUGACAGCAAAACUGGAGCAUGGGCAGCUUUCCUCCAAAUCUGCUGGGACAGGCAGUGGUGGGAUGCUGCCCUGGCAUGGAGCAGCUUGGCACCUCUGGGCAUCUCUACCUCUUGGCCACUCUUUGACUGAACCAUGGCUUAACUAUGGGAGCCCUGCACAGCCAUGCCCUCACCCCUUAAUUCUCCAUGCUUUCAAUCUGCACCCUCUUCCUGCACCCCAAAAGGAGUGCAGACUUCCUGUCUGCUGCUGGUUCUUCCCACUAAGACCCUUUGCUCACAGCCCAGGACCCCAUUGCCCAAUCCUGUCCUGUGAGGCUGUUUCACUUCACCCCUUACUGUUCAUACCUCCCCCAUCCCUGCAAUGUGAAGGUCAAGUCAGGGUGCCCAGGCUGCCUGGGAACUGUCCUGGGGUCACAGCACAUCUGGGAGGGGCUGAGUGUGCUGUACUGGGUGUCCAGGUGCUCCCAAGUCUGGGAGCAGUCAGGGUCAGCACCAUCAGUGCCACUCUUCCACUUUUCAGGCAUGGGGUGGAUCAGUUUUGUACUGGGACCUCUUCUUGGCUGCUACUGGGGACUCUUAAGACUAGAACAAUCCUCGUGUUCACUGGGGCAAGUUGGUCCCCUUGAGUCAGGUAUUUUCUAGCUCUAGAAGUGGAAAUAAAUCAGUCUCAUUUAUUCUUCGA